GUGUCCACCGUGAGCAGUUCGAUUUCAACGCGGAGCCCCCUUGGGAUCCCAGCUGAUCGCUGGAGGGGUCGACCUCUGACCUGUCCCUCGGAUAUCGCUAGGACCCAAGAGCUCUGAGGCUUCUCAUAAAUAGGUGACCUGUUUUAUGCCUGUCAGAGCGUCAGAUUACGGAUGAGUAUGAAGGGAACUCCGGAUGAACCACGCUUUUCCGUUGAGCUGCUGGAAGGAAGCGCGGCUCUCCGAGAUGUGAUCGACAAACACAUCCGUGAUCAAACUCUUGCACUGAAGAGUGCAUUUUUGGUUGCUGACUUAGGGGUGAUUGUGCGGCAGCAAGUUCGCUGGAGAGCUGAGAUGGACCAGAUUCGCCAAAACCUUCUACACGCGGUCAAGAGCAACAGCAGCCCUGUGGUCAUUGAAAUCCUUGCUGCUCUCGGAACUGGCUUUGUUUGUUCAAACAAACAUGAGCUGGACUUAGUGAAGGACUUUGGCGUCACGUCUCAGGACAUCAUUCUCGGCGGCACGUGCAAACAGCUCUCCCAUAUCAAGUACGCAGCCAAACACAACAUCCCCCUCCUGGUUUGCGAUAAUGAGGUGGAGCUGAGGAAGAUUGCGCGAUGCCAUCCCAAAGCAAAGGUGUUGCUGCUGUUGACAUCGGGGAGCUGCUGUGACCGAGAGGAGACGGCCAUACCGUUCGGCUCCACACUGAAGGACUGCAGGCAUCUGCUGGAGAGUGCCAGAGAGCUCAGCCUGCGUGUCACAGGAGUCAAAUUCAACAUUCCCAGUUGUUGUCAGGAUGCACAAGCGUUCUCUCGUGCCGUUUCUGACGCCCGCUGUGUCUUUGAUAUGGCGGAGGAGCUGGGCUUUGAGAUGAGUGUUCUGGACGUCGGAGGAGGCUUUGAUGGAAGCGAGGCACAGUUAGACGAGGUCAACCAGACGCUCAAACCCAUGCUGGACAUGUAUUUUCCUCUCUCGACCGGAUUGACGAUCAUCGCUGAACCCGGAGCUUAUUAUGUGUCAUCUGCCUUCACGCUGGCCGUGAAUAUAAUCGCUAAGAAAACAGUGGCUCGGGAUUUCAGUGGUCAACCACACAAUGCACUGUCUGCGAACGAUGAGCCUGAGUUUCUCUACUACAUGAACGAUGGGGUUUAUGGGUCUUUUGCCAGUAAGCUGCUGUGUGAAGAUUCAAUAUCGAUGCCUUUGGCACACAAGGAGGUGAGCGCAGAAGAGCCGCUGUUCUCCAGCAGUCUGUGGGGUCCGUCUGCUGAUGAUGUGGAUCAGGUGCUGGAGCGAUGUCUGCUGCCGGAGCUCAGUGUCGGAGACUGGCUGCUUUUCAGCAACGCAGGGGCCACAUUCAGUAACGGAGAGGAACACAAACCGCCCGUCUUCUACAGCAUCACUGAAUGCGACUGGCAAGAGCUUCAUAAUUGUGGCGUCACGUUGGACGUGAGGAUGAAGAACUUCUCUCUGGUACCACGUUGCCUGCAGCCAAACAUAUCCGAGGCGUCCAUUUCCACCCCGGCGUAACAUAAAGCCACUUAUUAGUGUUAUUAUUUUGACUGACUUGAAGCACUUAAGAACCUGGAGUCUUCUAAGAAGCUUCAAAUGUUCUGAAGAACUUUAACUGGGACCAGAGCUCAAGAAGUGUUACUGACCAGAACUAUAACUGAUGGAUAUACAGCAGAUAGAUGCGAUUAGCUUUAACAAAUGGGAGCGUUGGCGUUUACAGAUACACUUAAUUAUAUUCAAGUCCGUUUUAUUAAUAUGUAUAAACAUAUAGUAUUUCAACUUACUAAUGGAAUCAGUCAUGUACCCAACAGGCGAAGUUAUUUAUUAAAGCUCGUUAAAGUCUAGUCUAGUCAUUAGAUGCUUUAAAGAAACAUGCAC